AUAAUAACAAUAAUACAAAUAGUAAUAACAAUAAUAAUGGUAAUAGUAGUGAUGGAAGUAAUAGUGGAAGUGGUGGUAUGAUCACUACAGUUCUACCAUCGACAACAACAGCACCUGUGAAUGCCGUCGCGGCGACAAACUCCGUCGAUCCGAACAAGCUCAGGAAAGAUGUCAAUAUUAAACGAAAGAAAAGAAAAGUUGGUGGUCCAUAUUCUGGUGUAUCAGUUUCACAAUUAUUAGCACAACGGGAAAAAUUACAAAUAUCUCAGCAACAGCAACAACAACAACAACAACAGCAUAAUGCUAAUCAUCCGCAUCAACAACAAAUUGUUCAAUCAAAUGUUCAACAAGUAUGGUCUGGUGUUAACAACACGCAAACAGUACAAAUUCAACAGCAACAACAACAACAACCGCAACAGCAAUUACAACAUCAACAGCAACAGCAACAAAUUCAACAGCAAUUACAGAAUCAACAGCAACAGCAACCACAUGGUAAUCGAAUAAGUAGUUUUAUAGACCAAACAACAGGACAAAUAAUACGAUAUCAAAAUGCAUCAAAUCAACAAAUUAACAAUAAUCGGCAAUUUUCAAAUACAUCAACAAUAUCAGGUCCUGGAAAUAACGGUGGAAAUAAUACGACAAUGAUGAUUCAACAUCAACAUCAACAGCAAUCGCAACAGAAUCAACAGCAAAUAAUAAUGCAACAAAAUAAUCAACAAAUUUUAUCGAAUAAUCAAAAUGUGAUUACUGGUCCGAACGGACAACAAUUUGUAUCAAUUCAACCGCAUCAGCAACAGCAACAAAUGGUAGCCACAUCAAUGAUGAAUCAUCAUAUAAUUAAUCAACAACAGCAAUCGAUUAAUCAACAACCAUCUGGUCAAUCAGCGCUAAUUCAACAACAACGAAUCAUUUUAAAUCAGCAAUCAAAUGAUGAUGAUCAACAAAAUAUUACCCUAAAUGUAAGUGGUUUACCAGCAAAUGUUAGUCAUUCCGAGAUUAUUCAACGAAUACAACAACAAAAUCAACAAUUUAAUCAACAAAAUCGUAAUGAUGAUCAACAGCAACAACAAAUUAAAAUUAUAACACAACAAUCAUCGGAUCAAUUGAAUAAAAAUUUACGAAACUAUUUACCAAACAAUAAUCAACAAAUUUUCAAUAGUUUUCGAACGGAUAAUUCGAAUCAACAACACCAGAUUAUUCUACCACAGCAUAAAACACCACCAUGGCAACAGAAUAAAAUUAAUCAACAAGUUGCUCUCAAUAACGCACAACAAUUACAGCAACAACAAGCUUUAAUGCAACAAAAUAUUGUUGUAAAUAAUAAUCAACAAUUAAUAACAGCAAAUCAACAACAACAAUCGUUGCAAAUUCAACAACAACAACAACAGCAACAGCAACAAUCUGUGAGUAAUAUUUAUGAUAGAGUACCACCAUUACAUCAUCAUACACCUCCACCACCCAUCUGGAAUGAUGAUUCAUCGCGAAAAACCAAAACAAAAGUAUGUAAAACAAUUCGAAAAUCACGUCCGUAUAGUACAACUGUUGAUCAUCGAAAUGAGAAUCAACAAAUUGCAUGUCCGAAUAUCGAUGUGCGACAAAUUUCAUCGGAUCAUCAUACUCGGAACAUACAAAUCCAACAAUCAUCAUCUAGUCCAUCAGGUCCAAGUUUUAUGGAAGAUCCAAGUGGAUAUUUAGCACAACAAACUGCUCUAUUGAAUAGCACCAUAUCACGACAAACUGGUAUACAUAAUGGUAGCAUGAAUUACAAUUGUAAUAGCCCGAGUUCAUCGCCUCAGAGUACUCAACAUGUGAUACCAAUCUCAACACCACCCAGUGCUCAACAGAAAAAUGUGCAAUGUUUCACAUCACGAUCUUCAAAUCAAAACAAAUCUGUUACAUCACAGCAAAGUGGUUUUAAUACGUCAUCUUCCACACAAAAAUCACAAUGUCAAGGUUGUGUUACGACUUCGCAAGUUGAUUCAAAUCAACAUUUUAAUAAAGUGAAAUCAUACUCACAUUCACGUCCAAACAGUCAACCUGGAACACCAGGAACUCCAAAUAAUACGCCUAUGUAUCGGGAAGAUAGUCCAGUUACGUCAUCAACAUUUUCCGAUCGUUUUAAUAAUAGUGCGCAUCAACAAUCCCCGGAUACACGACCUAUUCAAGGUGGCACUAUAAGUACAAGUAAUGGGUCACCAACUGAGAUGUAUCAACCACAACCGGAACCAUCUCCUUCGUCAUCUACAUCGUCCUCUUCGUCAGGAAUGCAGCAACAAAUUCGAUCGUCUAGUACACCAAAUACAUUUGUCUCUUCAACGCAGUCAUCACAAGUUGUAACACCUAGCCAUAAUUCGCCUGUACAUUAUACCCGUAAUGAUAAUUAUUUGAAUAACUCUCAAUCUGCAUCACCAAUAAAUGCAGAUUCGAUAAGCGUUUCAUCUGCUGGACCAUCUCAACCAAAACAACAACAAAUAGAUGGAUAUUGUCCUCAUCCACAUGCUGCUGGUGGUCCCUUAGAUUUACCUAUACCAAAUAUACCUCGUACAGUGACCACAAUGGCUAGUGGUCGAACAUUUGGUAGCAACACAAUUACAUCAGUAUUAGCUGGUCGUGCCCAAACUGCAACCGUAUCAGUUAAUACACCAGCAAUUGUUCCUGCCUUAGCUGUGGCCCCUCAAUUACCUCAAUCAUCACAACAAAAUGUUUCAAUACAAAAGUCACCGUUGGAGAUGGUACAAAGUGUGGUUAGCAGUAUACAAGUUCCUCAAUCUCAACAUCAGACAACAAUUAAUACGAUUAGUAUAAAUACAAAUCAACAACCAGUAUCCCCAAAUCAACAAGUUGUGAAGCAAUCUCCAUCACAGGGAUUACCUGCAGGACAUAUACUAGUUUCAUCGAAUGGACAAAUUAUUAUGACGAACAAUGGACAAGGUAAUAUUAUGCCUCCUCCACCUCCGAAGAUUGUUCCAAAUGGUGGUAUGCCACCAAUAUCAGUUUCGCCUAAUGUUUCAGGAACUGUCACACAAGUUAUACCAAAUGUUGGUAUGACCCAACAAGUUUUGGGACAACAAACUGUUCUUGUGAACGCUCUUCCUGCACCUUUCGUAAUACAACCUGGUGUUAUGACUGUUGAUGGUAUGACUGUCGGACAAAACAUGCAAUUACCACAAUUAGUUACUGGUAACGUUAUCCAACAGCAAAUACAAAUCGAUAACAACAAUGAACAUAACCGCAAUCAAGGAACAUUUGUGAAUCGACAACCACAGUUAAUAUCUCCGGAUAGUGGUAAACGGAAAGGAAAGAAACGGAAAAUCGGUGCUCAAACAGUCGCAUCAAUGUUACAUGUGGCCGCGGCACAACAGAAUUCUAGUGUUGUUAUACCACAACAAUCAGGAUUCCAAACACAAAGCUUCCAAAUGGCACAUAGUCCACAAGGUGUGAAUUCAUCUGUGCUACAAGCGCUUACGAUAGUUCCUGGCAAAGGAGGUGGCCCACCACAAAUAGUUAUGAAUGGGCAACCUUCGGCCCCUGGACCGUUUAGUCAACAAAUAAUAACCGGGUCACAGCCUACACAGCAGAUUAAUUUAUUACAACCGGUAAAUUUACUAAAUGGUACUACUGGAAUGGUACAAAAUUUCCCUACGAUACAACAAUUUAUUGUUCCUGGUUUGGGUGGUAUGGUCAUGGCAACAGAUGGAUCUGGUACAGCGACGCUAAUGCCAGAUACAACUCCUGUUGGUAUGCAAUUGCAAUUACAAAACGUGAAUGGUCAAAAUGUUCUUACGCCGGUACAAAAUACUGGUGGGACAGUUUUUGGUACCGCUGGAGGGCAAAGUAUUUUAGCGGCUGGACCAGCUGGUAUGGUAAUACGAUCGCCAGGUGGAACACAAGGGAAAAUCAUACAACAACAACAUAGCCCUGGGGCACAGUUCUUAUCACCAAAUGGCGGUCAGUUUGUUGUGAACGGAGCGCAAUUUAACGGACAAUUAAGUCCAUUAGUGGCCAGUGUUAGUCCAUCACAACAAGUAACAGUUCGACCUGCAUCGUCUGUCCAACAUACACAGCAUGAAUUUAUUCAAUGUGGACAAAUGGGUCAAACUUUGAUGGUUCCAUGUACUCCAAAUAAUCCACAAACAAUUGCUGUAUCCUCGGCAUCCGGCCAACAGAAUACAACGUUUGUCCAACAAAAUACAACGAUUGUCCAACAACAAACCACAAUGCUAUCAAAUAAUCAACAAAUACAAAACUUUCAAUCCUCAAAUCAAAAUAAUCCUGGACCCCAAAAUAUAUCAGGAACAACAACCACCCUAAAUGUUGAUCAAAAUUUUAUCAUGAAUAAUAAUAAUGGACAAAAUAAUGAUAAACCACAACAAACUGCAACCGUCCUUACGCAACAAUCUUCGCAGCAAAGUUUAAGCGCAGCAUUGUUAAUGCAACGUCAUUCGGUAUCAACACAAACAGCAGUUGGACAAAGUCCAACAGUUGGUACAACUGUAAGUGCUGGUGCUGGAAGUCCACCAGAUACCACAACACAUAGUCCAUUAGCACCUGGUGCAGAUACAACAACACAUGAGGGUACAUCACCGUCCCCACCUAGUAUGACACGUGAUCAUCGACAAAUAACGCAUUCAAUGGCCAUGGUACAUUGUAUAUCAAGUAGUGAACCAGAUGUAACAGAUUUACAAACACAAGUGAGUGGCUCUCAAGAUCCAAGUGAUUGGAGUGGAAGCAGUUCAACAGGUAGUGCAACACCAAAACCCAUUGAUUGUGGUGAUUACAACAUCCUAAUGACAACCACACCGUCAUCGUCAGCAACAAAUCAACAUUUAAUACAUGGAGGUGGACAAAUUAGAAAAUCAUUGACACCAACAUACGUUGAAUCAACAAUGUCCAUAAUGAAUGAUAUGAUGAAAGCCCAAGAGGCUGUUGUUAGUUCGCAACGAAUGAAUACAAAACGAAAACAUAGUGAUGCUCUAGCUGUUAUGGAGACGAGACAUUUGCAUACAUCGUUACAUCAUCAUGAUGUGAUGGACAAUGAUGACAAACGGAGUAAUUCAAGUAGUCCAGUGAAUUUUAUGCCAGGUGAACUUGUAUGGGGGCCAGCACAUGGUUGUCCAGCAUGGCCAGGCAAAUUAGUGGAUGGUCCUAAAGAAACUAACGGACGUCUUUGGGUCCGUUGGUUUGGUGGUGAUAAAGUUCCUACUGCCAUCGAUCCCGUAUUGCUUCAGACCCUAACUCAGGGGCUGGAUGCACACCAUCGAGCCCGCAAGAAUUGUCGGAAAAGCCGUAAAUUGAAUACACAAUUGGAGAAUGCAAUACAAGAAGCAAUGAUUGAAUUAGAUCGAAUGACAGAAGAAUCACAACAAGAAAAUACAAAAAACAAUAAUGAAAAUUUAUCUAAAAAGGAAAUUGCGGGUCGUUUAAGAAGCAGUCAAAAAUAA